AUGAUUCGGACGGCACAUCAGAUGGGAAUGCUCACGACUCCGUAUGCAUUCAACGAAACCGAAGCAGAGCAGAUGGCGGAUGCGGGUGCGGAUAUUCUCGUCGCACACAUGGGAUUGACAACGAAGGGUUCUAUCGGUGCGCACACUGCUCUCACGCUUGAGGAUGCCGCCAAACGGGUGCAAGCCAUCCACGAUGCCGCGAAAGGGGUUAACCCAGAGAUUCUCGUUAUCUGCCACGGUGGUCCUAUUGCUGAACCGGAAGAUGCGACGUACGUGCUGGAAAAUACCGAGGGGGUAGUGGGGUUCUACGGUGCGUCAAGCGCGGAGCGUCUCCCGACGGAACGCGCGAUUACGGCACAGAUUGAGGAAUUCAAGAAAAUUCGGCUGUAG